GCUCCGCUCCGCCCGCAGCUGGACGCCAAGAAGAGCCCGCUGGCGCUGCUGGCCCAGACCUGCUCGCAGAUCGGGAAGCCCGACCCGCCGCCCUCCUCCAAGCUGAACGCCGUGGCCGCCGCCGCGCCCGCCGCCGAGAAGGAGCCCUCGGCCCGCCCCGCCGCGCUGAAGCCGCCGGGCAGCGGGGACGCGCCCGCCGAGGACAAGUCCAGCUUCAAGCCGUACUCGAAGGGCGGCGGGGAGCCGCGCAAGGAGGGCGGCGCGGACAAGGCCGGCUUUCGGGUGCCCAGCGCCGCGUGCCCGCCGUUCCCCCCGCACGCCGCAGCCUCGCCCGGCGGCUCCCGCGGGGCCUCGCCGCAGCACCCCGAGCCCAAGGGCGCCGAGGAGAAGAAGGAGCCCGAGGGCGGCAAGCCCAGCCCCGAGGGGACGGGCGGGGCGCUGGGGCGCGGGGUGGUGGAGGCCGGGGCGCACGGCGAGCCCCCCUCGGGCCGCAAGUCGGAGCCCCCCGCGCUGCCGCCCGCCGGCCAUGUGGCCCCCGUCUCGCCCUACAAGCCGGGUCACUCCGUCUUCCCCCUGCCGCCCUCCAGCAUCGGCUACCACGGCUCCAUCGUCGGCGCCUACGCCGGCUACCCGUCCCAGUUCGUGCCCGGGCUGGACCCCACCAAGCCGGGGCUGGUGGGCAGCCAGCUGCCGGGGGCGCUGGGGCUGCCGGGCAAACCGCCCAGCUCCAGCCCGCUCACCGGGGCCUCGCCGCCCUCCUUCAUGCAGGGAUUAUGCCGGGACCCGUAUUGCCUGAGCUACCACAGCGCCUCGCACCUGGGCUCCAGCAACUGCUCCAGCUGCGUGCACGACCCCGGCAGCCUCAAGAGCGGAUACCCCUUGGUGUACCCCACGCACCCCCUGCACUCGGUGCACACCACGCUCUCCUCCAGCGGCACCCCCAGCCUGCCCGGCCACCCCCUCUACACCUACGGCUUCAUGCUGCAGAACGACCCCCUGCCCCACAUAUGCAACUGGGUGUCUGCCAGCGGACCCUGCGACAAGAGGUUUGCCACCUCGGAGGAGCUGCUCACCCACCUACGGACCCACACGGCCCUGCCGGGGGCCGAGAAACUCUUGGCGGGUUACCCUACCUCCGGGCUGGGCUCCGCGGCCUCCUGCCACCUGCACCUCCCGCCCGCCGCCCCCGGGAGCCCCAACACCUUACCGGCCUCGCUCUCCUUGAGGAGCCCACACACUUUGGGACUAAACAGGUACCACCCCUACGGCAAGAGCCACUUGCCCACGGCCGGCGCCCUGCCCGUGCCCUCCUUGCCGGCCGCCGGACCUUACUACUCCCCGUACGCGCUCUACGGCCAAAGACUCACGUCAGCCUCCGCUUUGGGAUAUCAGUAACCACCGCGGCCCCGGCCGGCUCAGCCCCAGCCCCCCGCGCCCUCCUUGGACUGUGUAUUUAUUACUGUAUGUUAGCUUAAAGCUGGGAAUAUAAGUGCAUUAUACACCAAUGAAUCAAUGGUAUGCAAAAGUCUGUGUCCAAAAAAAAAAAAAAACAAAAAACCCGAAAAAAA